UCCAAAUUUUCAACACAACUCAGACAAAAGUGGUCGUUCGCAUCAAACCACGGAAUGAAUAGCUUGUUAAAGAUGUUUAAAUAUAUUAUGCACCUCUAUUUUAUCACAAUUACUCCAUUUCCAUUUUACGAAGCGACUCCACUGAUCGGACCUGAACCGGAUGUGCAAGUUGCAACUAUAUAUGAAAUGCUGUUUAUUGUGUCUAUAGGCUGGAAUAAAUCUUCAAAUUAUGGAAAAGAAGAAAAUAAUCAUUUAUGUGGAGGAUCUUUAAUAACUACCCAACAUGUUUUGACUGUUGCGAAUUGCUUUAAUUUCAGACAAAACUACCAUGAAAUUGUUGUGAGAAUAGGAUCAAAUAAUUUGAGAUUAGCUAAGCUUCAUACAAUAGAAUGGUGGAAAACUUACCAUGAAUGGCUCAAUAAGGCAAUUGAUCCAGUCAAUGAAUUAGCUAAUUAUGAUAUGGCUAUCGUAAAGUUGCAUAAUGCUGCGAGUUCAGAUAUUGAAUUACCUACAAUAAAAUAUAUGUCCUUCGAUAAUUUCAUUGGCAGAUUAGUAAUGACAGGAGGCUGGGGCAGGAUGGAAAAUGACAUAGUUUCAAGAAAUAAAAGGGUUGGAAAGUUUUUUGUAAUGGAUCCGAAUGAGUGUGAGCUUUUUAGACCGAACCGAUAUUUUUGUUCCACUUCACUUAAUGCUCGUAUGACAAAAGGAGACAGUGGCAGUCCUUUGUUGAUGAAAGAUGAGCAUACUUUAAUUGGGAUUCACAAAGGGGAAUGCAUAAUGAAUACGAGUACAGUACCUAGCCAUGUGUAUGUGCAUUUAUCUGUUAAUAAUGCCAGACAAUUCAUUAACGAAGUGACGCGAAUGUGAAACAAAUUAUAUCAAUCAUUACUAAUUAAAAUUUCCAAAUGUAUUUUUUGACAAAAUAUACUAUGUAAUUAAAUAUGAAAA